CUGUAGCGAGGUCGUCUCCUGUAAAUAAUAUAUCUCAUAGCUGUAGCAACACACUGUACUGUUUUGCGUAUUUUCCAUGGAGAACAGAUUAAUAUAAAUGCUGGUUGUAUACGUGAGAGGGUGGCAGUCCUCUGCCAUCCAGCUCACAGUUUAUCAGCUGACUAGGCUAACUUCAGUGUGAUACUUAGCUCAUUCAAGUAUCUCAGCUGGUUAGGACGCUAGCAUUAGCUAGCCACCUAGCUAAUCAGAGGUUAUCACAGUAAGAAUUCAGCGCAUUUCUAGGAUCAUAUACGUAACUGGGAUGGACAUGUGAAAUGACAGCCAUCUGUAACGUCUAACUGAGCUGAUACUAAUCUAAGACCACAGGUCAAGCUUGCCUUGAUGUUGGAUCUCCCGAUUAGCAUGCAGCCAUGAGCUCUGCCCUGUGGAGCCAGGAGAAGCCAAGUGGUGGCUUCAGGGAGGACUGGCGCUUCUACAUGGUUGUCAAAGAGUGUACUGUGGAGAAACCUCCCCAAAAAACCCUGAGGAUUCCCCGUGGCAGUCUAGGCCAGGCUUGCCAGGAGCGCAAUAGCCUAGGGCGCACACUACCACCUUGCAAAGGUAAAAAAAGUCUCCGCAUUCUGGACCAGACCAAUGUGGUACUUAGCCUGGAUGAGCGGGAUGUCCUUGAACUGGACGAGAAGCUGGCCGAGCUGCUGUUUCCCAUUACUAACUGCGAGGAACGAUAUACCCUACUCUGUAACAAAUCACGGCUUGAGCGAGUCCGUGACAUAGACUGUGGCUCUAAGGUUCGUGUCCAGUUGCGCUCAGGGGAUGAACCUCUGCCUGGUGUGGUCCGAUUUAAGGGUUCACUGCUCCCUGAUAGGGCCCUCUCUGGAAUCUGGUUUGGAGUUGAACUACUGGAGGAAGGCCGGGGCCAGGGCUUCACAGAGGGCUCCUACCAGGGCCGCCAACUUUUCCGCUGUGAAGAUGAGUGUGGUGUGUUUGUGGCCCUGGAUAAGCUUGAACUUUGGGAGGAUGAUGAUGACGACGUUUUGGGUGAGCUAGAGGUGGAUCAUGUUAGUUUGGUAGAAGAGGACCCGGAUUACCCCCCACUCCCUCCACUGGAGAUCAACUCAAGGGUCCUAGUCCAGACCAGGGGUGGCCCUGAGAGAGGCACUAUCAUUUUUUGUGACCUGCUGCCAGGCAAUGAGAGCCUGGGCUACUAUGUUGGUGUUGACAUGGACAAUCCUAUCGGUGACUGGGAUGGUGUGUUUGACGGGAAGCUACUGUGUAAUUUUGCCAGUUUGGAGCACACACGACUCGUCCCCAUCUGUGACGUAAUGCCAGAAUAUUCCAUGCAGGACCAAAGGCUGCAAAAGCACAGUUUUGCCCCCAGAGGCGCCAACAGUGACAAGUCGUCCUCUGGCCCAAGCAAACCAAAGAGCAAAGGAUUAGGUCAUCAGUGUGGAAGUAGAAGCAAGUCUGAAUUUUACUAUACUUUAAAUGGCAGCUCUGUUGAUCCCCCAGCCCAGUCCAAAUCCAAAAGCACAUGGUACAUUGAUGAAGUUGGGGAGGACCCUGCCAAGUCACUUACUGACACACCCCCUGACUUCAACCAGUCCUCCCCACCUUCCAGGGUCCCGCCUUCUGCCUCACUGUCCAGUGACAACAAGUUCCACUCGCUGCCCUUCAGCUUGAACCGAAAGACCGGGCCCAAUGACAGCAUGAGUCAGGGGCCUCUCUCCCUGUCUGUCCAGUCUGUGAUGGGAGAGCAGCCCGAGCCCUUGUCACCCGCCGCCCCUCCCUCGCCUCGACCUCCGACGCCACCCCGUGGACUGCCAGGUCUGGAGGUGGGCUCUCUAGUGGAGGUGAAAGAGAACCCCCCUCUGUGUGGUGUCAUUCGCUGGGUGGGCCUGCCUCCUGGCCUCCUGGAGCCUUUGGCUGGGCUGGAACUGGAAGAGGAGUGCCCUGGCUGCACUGACGGAACCUUCAAAGGUACGCGCUAUUUCACCUGCCCACCUAAAAAAGCACUGUUCGUCAAGCUCAAGUGCUGCCGGCCUGUCCGCUUCCCAUCCUUGCACCAUUCAUCCAACCCCAUAGAGCGUUGCAAUUCCAUCGCAUUUGGGGGUUACCUGAGUGAGGUAGUGCAUGAAAACACUCCCCCACGCACAGAGAAUGAUGGUUUGGAUGUCAUGGUGGGCAAAAAGAAGGGCAUCCAGGGCCACUACAACUCCUGCUACCUGGAUUCAACCCUCUUUUGUCUUUUUUCCUUUAGUUCUGUACUGGACACAGUUCUGCUAAGGCCUCGUUCAAAGACUGACGUCGAGUAUUACAGAGAGACCCAAGAGCUGCUACGCACUGAGAUAGUCAACCCCUUACGCAUACAUGGGUAUGUGUGUGCCACUAAAGUGAUGAAGUUAAGGAGGAUCCUGGAGAAAGUUGAGGCUGCCUCUGGGUUUACAUCUGAAGAAAAAGAUCCAGAGGAGUUCCUUAAUAUCCUUUUUCAUCAUAUACUGAGGGUGGAUCCACUGCUAAAACUAAGGUCAGCAGGACAGAAAGUUCAGGACUGUUACUUUUACCAGAUCUUCAUGGACAAGAAGGACAAAGUUGGAGUUCCUACCAUCCAGCAGCUACUAGAGUGGUCUUUCAUUAACAGUGACCUUAAGUUUGCAGAGGCUCCCUCUUGCCUUAUCAUCCAGAUGCCCCGCUUUGGCAAGGACUUCAAAAUGUUCAACAAGAUUUUUCCCUCGCUAGAAUUAGACAUCACAGACCUUCUUGAAGACACUCCGAGGGAAUGUCGAAUUUGUGGUGGCCUGGCUCUGUACGAGUGUCGAGAUUGUUAUGAGGAUGGAGAUAUCACGGCUGGCAAGAUAAAACAGUUUUGUGAAAAGUGCAAUACACAGGUUCACCUCCACCCAAAGAGGAAAGCACAUCGACACGGCAAACUGUCUGUUCCCAAGGAGCUACAAGAUGGAACAGGGCGGCAGGGGAGUUUUCCCCGCCAGAGGAUGGAGCUGUUCGCUGUGCUGUGCAUUGAAACCAGUCACUACGUGGCCUUCGUUAAGUAUGGCAGCGCAGAUUCCGCCUGGCUCUUCUUUGACAGCAUGGCAGACCGCGAUGGAGGGCAAAAUGGUUUCAACAUCCCCCAGGUGUCUCCGUGUCCAGAAGUUGAAGCGUACCUGAAAAUGACCCCAGAGGAGCUUCACACCCUGGACCCCAAGAGCAUCCAAGGCCAGGCCCGACGUCUGCUGUGUGACGCCUACAUGUGCAUGUACCAGAGCCCUACAAUGAGCCUGUACAAGUAGAAUCCUCUCCUCAACCACCCCCCUACCCCUUCAACCACAACACCCACCCUUCCCCCCGGGCGAGAGAUUCCCAGAAAGACCAAAAAUGAAAAAUAAACUAAAAGAAGAAAGGCUGCCUGCCAGCAGGGGUGCUGUCCAGCGUUAACCCCUUCCACCCCGCCACUCUUCAAUGCCUGUCUGUCUCUGGAGGUUAGAGAGAUGGAAGAGAGGGGGGUGAAGCCUAUUUGCACUGUGCAUUAGUUGAAGUGUUGUGUUCUUCAUGUAGUCCUAUGUAGCUUCCCUGUGUCUCACAGAUGAGUGUUUGUGGUGGAUGAUGAAGCAAAGGUAGGCCUUAUGAAGAUUCCCUCCCCUUUCAGGGAGGACAGUGGAGACGAUGGGCAGGAGGGCAGAUUUUUGUCGGUCUGGCUGACAAAAAGAAAAUCUGCUACAAAAACAAGAUGAGCUAGUGGGAGGACCUUGGCCACCUCAUUUACCUUAAGAAAAGAGGAGUCCUGCUAUUCUUAAUCACUGAUAAAGACAGGAGCUUUCCAUAACGCCACAUUAAGAAAGUAAUGCAGUGCGCAAAUCUCAUCCAGCCCGUGUGUACUGUUCUAAAAUCUCUGUGUAAAAUCUAUUAGUAGCAUAGAUUUAUCCAGGUAGUAACAUCAACAGAAUAGAUGUCAACCUACUGUGCAGUUACAUUAAGACCAGAAUAUUCUGCUCUUUGUGGACCGGUUUGCAUAUUUCCCCAUUACGCUGUGUAAAUGUCAUUACAGUAUAUGUUUUGCAGAAACAGAUGUAGCCAUUGUAAAAGUCUCACGUUUUACUGCAUACGUUGCUCAACCAAUGCUGCACUUUUGCUCUAUCCCCAAGUGGACCUAUCAGGAAACAUUUAGGUUUGGCUUUUUUCUUCCAAUUGGAAGUCACAGUGAGUGCUAAUUUGUUGGUUGGGAGACAUCAGAGUUUUGUCUUACAGAAUACAAAUUUGCUUCUCCUCUGUAGCUGUAAAGAACGGUCUGCAUUGGUGAUGCAGAGUAGAUGCCAGAUAAAUGCAUGAAGGGAGACUUCUACAAUGGCUCCUAUUGUAAAGCUGCCUGAUCGAGCACUCCAUGCAUUCGUAGGGCCAAUGAGGUGAAAUACUGGAAAAGUCUGGCUUUUUUCUUUAAGUAAGAGUGUUAUGUGAAGAAUUUGUGAGGAACAUGAAGUGUUCUGUUUUUAAGUCUCUGACUUAGUGUGUUGAUGACUAAAUCUAAAUUAUAUUUUAUGUUUACAAAGCCUUUUCUCUGCCUCAAGGUGGAUGCGAGUUCCUUUUGACGAGGUGAAGCAGAUCAAAUAGUGGGUCUCGCUGCCUUUUAGUAAGAUGUGACAUGAAAUGUUUCCAGCCACGCAUCAGCAACAAACAGUUGAAUAAAUACUACUAUUUAUUAUAUUCUGAACAUAUUAUAAACACGAGUCCCUUUUUAAGAAAUCGACACAGGGUUGAUGAUACUGGGUUGGGUACUCCUUGUCCUCUUUCACUGUAUAUUGAAGGGAGUUAUUGUAGUUUACGCUGUUUCAUAGCAACUACUGAAUGUUAAUAGUGACACAUUGAACAGUGUAGGGAAACAAAUGAUGGGACAUGAAGAGGCACAAGGCUGGUAACCUUGGGGCACUAUAUACUGUAUAUGUAUUUAAAGAAAAAAUAAAUAAAUUAAAAACUUGAUCCUUAAUUCUGUUGUAUUCCAGUUUUAAAGAAUACCUGAAGUAUACCAAUCAUACUUUGGAUCAAGAAAUAGGUGUCUUUUUUUUAUAUAUGAAACAAAAUCGGGGAAAAAAAAAAAAAACCCUGCAGAUGAUGGAAUCGGCAUUAUAUUUUUCCUAAUCUUAAUCAUUGAUUAAGUAUAAAACUUAUGCACAAGAACAUUUUAAAACCUACGUACCAGCUGACAGUUUUAAUUUUGCGUCGCGGUAGCCUCUGCUGUCCCAGGGAUUCGGACAUGGGACCCUCCUGUGUGAACUUUUUCUGGACUGCUGAAGCUGGUCACUGACUGGAGCACGUUCUCUACCAGAGAUAUCUCAGAACAGAGGAUGGGGUUUUAAUUUUUCUGUUGCAUCUGUACAGUAUAGACAUAUGUAACGGGUGGAAAUUAAUGUCAGUGGUGUUCCUGUAAAUGUUAACUAAAUAAAGCCCAUUUUGAAGGCUA